AUGUCUAUUGGAUUUAAAUGGGAACUAAAUUCUAAAUCGUCAUUGCUUUCUGAUUGUACUAAAGGACUUGUUGGUGCUUUGAGUACAAAGCUCGAAGAGAAUGAGGAGGAUAAUGAUGGGGCACGAGUCCUUGACCCCAGAUCUGGAUCGAGUCUAUCCACCGAUGGAAACCGAGGAUCGAGUUGA